UUUCAGUCUCCAACCACAAGUCCUGAAGAUGGGUAUGAUAUAGCCAUUAAUGUACCGCAAAUAUUUAACGUAUAUACAAUGUUAUAUCAAGAUUUACAAGAGAGUUUGCACCACAGUAAUGUACAUUCAUAAAUAUGCUCUCUAUCAUUUACCUUCAGGAUUUGGCCUCACUUCCUGCUAUCACCUCCUCCUUCGGGAGUACCACUAUGUCAAUGUGAAACUGAGCUGGGCCGACGCUCAGCAAUACUGCAGAGACAAAUACACCGACCUGGCGACUAUUGUAAGCACCGAUGACAUCAGGAGGUUAAACAGACCUAACACAGACAGCUCACCAGCGUGGAUUGGCCUGAGUGAUCACCCCAAAUCCUGGAAGGGAGUUAUGGGCAAUGAUCCCAACUCCUGGAGAUGGUCAGUGACUGGUAAUACAAGCACAACUGGUUACCACAACUGGGGUAGUACCCUGAUAAAUAAUGCAGGUGGAAACCAGGACUGUGCGCUGGUGGAAAAGACUGGACAAUGGAAUGACUUCAGCUGUCUCACAGAAAGAAGAUUUGUUUGUUACACUGCUACAAAUCCUGCAGGCCAGAAAACGUACACUCUAAUUGACAACAACCUGAACUGGGAGGAUGCUCGGUCUUACUGCAGAACACACUACACAGACCUGGCUAUGAUCGAGAAUGCUCAGGAACAAGCAGACUUGGAGUCAGCAGUAAUGUCAAUAGGUAUAGUGUGGAUUGGCUUGUACCGAGUACCAUGGACAUGGUCUGACAAGAGCAGCAGCUCCUUCAGAAACUGGAAAAGUUCAAAGCCAGAUAACUAUGGAGGUUCAGAGCAUUGUGCAUUUGAGGACUCAAACCAUCUUUGGGAAGACACUAGCUGUGGUGCCGAACUUCCAUUUUUCUGCCAUGUUCUAACAAUAAAACUGACCAUUGUGCGGAUGAAGAUUCAGACUGAUGGUGACCUUUCAGAUCCAGCUACUAACGCCCAGAUCCUACAACAGCUACUCGCAGUGCUAAAGAGCAAGACUUUACAGACUGACAUCAACCUAAGGAUUCAACCCAUAAAACAAGAUGAAGACAGUGAGGCCAAUGGAUAAGAUGCCCCUGUUAACUGAUGUUUCUUCUACUAGCUGCAUAAGCAGAAUAUAUCAUGUAUCUCAAUGUCUUUUCUAACCAAAGCCAAUAGAUCAGCUGUAAAAAAGCUGUAAAAUAAAACAUGUUACUUGCUCUCAUACUGACUUUAUCUGAUUACAAGUUAAAUAUUCAGAACACCUCAUUAUGUAGUAUUGCUUAUUCUUUGGUGUCAAAGUUAUCAUGUCAAGUAGCAAUCAUGUCUGUUUAUUUUGGGUACUUUUUUUGUGUUCUAAAUAUGUAAUUUUGUCUUUGACAGGUAUGACAAAAUAAUAUCCUUAAAUUGUAAUCAAUUGCUGUCUGUUAAUGUCUACUUAAUAAAGUCAAUAUGCUGCAUACAACUGAUUAAUCAUCUCCUCUUAUUCUAUGUAACACAUGCAUUUACCUUUCUCCAUGUAUUAUUCUUCAGGCUUCUAGAAUGUAUUAUCUUCUCUUUACUGUUAAAUUAUAAACCCCACAGGCACAGUACAAAAGAU